AAAAAUUAAGUUUGAAAUAAAUCCCAAGUUGAAAUAAUUUCUUUCAAGUUUCAAGAAAUGUGAGUGAAGUUUUGUAGAGAGCAAGCAAGCGCAGAGGGAAUAAUGUCGGAAAUGGAGGAAGAAGCAUCGGACGUUAUAUGCGAACUGGAAAACGUUCAAGGUUUAGUCGACGCACUAAAUGCCGUUAGAUGGAAACGCCACCAAGACGCAGUGUUGGAGUUAUCCGAACACGGCAUCGUUUUGAUCGUUGAAGAAAGUGGUUGUCUCCAAGCUAAAGUUUAUCUCAAAAAAGAGCUAUUCAUUCGAUAUGAUUACAAUGCAGAAGGACGCCCUCGUUUUGGUGUGAGUUUAGGUCUUUUUGUCGAUUGUUUGAACGCUUUCUCUGUUCCUGGUCAUUCUAGUUUGAUUCAGAUUCAGUAUCCUGGUCCUGAUAUGCAGGUUCUUCUCAAAUCUGUAGAUUCGCUGGAUGCCAGUAUUUGUGCAGAGAUUAGAACAAGGAUUCCUGAUACUAUUGCAUGGGACUACAAUUUUGAACCUGCUGGGACAAACCCUAUAACCUUCACUGUUAAGUCUGCAGCACUAAAGGAAGCUAUUGAGGAUCUUGAAUGGCCUGGAUCAAGCAUCCAGAUAACUAUGGAGCCAAAUCCUCCUUCUGUUACAUUGAGGGCUGAAGGACACGGUGACUUGCAGAUAGAUUUCAUGUAUUGUGCGAAUUCAGAUCUCUUGGUAGCAUUUCAGUGUGACCAUCGGGUUUCUUUCAAGUACAAAUAUAAGUUCCUCAGAGCAUCAACUUCUAAUAUGCCAAGUAGUGUCAUUAAAGAAAAUAGAGGAAGCAAGCUAAGCAUUGGGAGAGGUGGAAUGUUAAAAGUGCAGCAUCUGGUUUCAAUUUCCAAACCUAUCUCACACUCUUAUGUCGAUUCUGCUGGCUAUCAACAACCUGGUCGAAUAGCUCAUAUUGAAUUCUUUGUGAAACCAGAGGAAAAUGAAGACUAAACAAAUUGUUAUUAUUAGGUAGUAGAAUCAAGGAAAAUGUGUGCCUUGUCCUUUUUUACACAUUGCUUUUUAAACCAGAUCUGAAAAGGUAUAAUGUUUUCCAUUAUAAAAUUGUAAACAUUUGCACUUUGGAUUUAAAAAGAGUGGGAGGUAAACAUUGCGGCUGUUGAGUCUGAGAGAAAAGCAAAAGAUAGAAAGCUAACUGUUUUCAAGACUCCAAAGCCCUUCUAGUGAACCUUAUAUCUGCUUUAAGGUUCUAUAAUGUGUUGAUAUGUUUGUUGUUUA